AGAGAAGAGGAUUUGGAUUAGCGUACGUAGUCCUUUCUUUAUCACACUAGACCACCAGUGAGUAGUGAGUGGUGAGUGGUGAGGAAGGGUGUCCAGUAACCUGUGAAACCCAGACAGAGAUAUGGUGGUGGGUUUCUGGUUCCUUUCCAGCAAUGUUCUUGUUAAAGUUUUAAGCUUUCUUGGAAAUUCCUCUGGAGAUGAACUGGGCUUGACAUACACGAAUUGCAUUCAUUGUACUUCCAAGUGUGGAUUGUAGAGAGAGAGAGAGAGAGAGAGAGAGAGAGAGAGAGAGAGAGGAUUCAAACUCCUUCCAAGUUUCCAUUUUUAGCAGAGUUAAGAUUGAGACAUAGACGAAUCUCUCGCACCAGGAUUGAAAUAUCGAACCCAAACCCAUCUCUCUCUUGCUCAAUUCUUGUAUUCUAUCAGUCUGUCUCUGGCUUUGCUUCUUCUUCAUCGACAGGAGGAGGGAGAAGGAUGAGUUCUGCGAAUUUGGGUUCAUUGGUUCAAACCUGCUCGAUAUUUAGCCAUGAAAGCUUACCCAGAUUCCCAACUUGCUCGACGAUUAACCCCUUGCGGAAGAUGCCCAAGCCUCUAGUAUGUCCCAAGGCACGACGACCCUUUACUUCUUCUUCUUCCACUUCCUCCAUCUCUGCGGUUCAUGUCGCCAAAGAAGAGGAGGAGAGAUUGAAAGAAGGUGAAAGCCCUGAGAUGGAGACGGGAUUCAAUUUCAAAGCCUACAUGCUUCAGAAGGGAGCAUCUGUGAAUCAAGCCCUCGAAGGUACUGUCUCUCUCAGGGACCCAUUGAAGAUCCAUGAAGCCAUGCGCUAUUCCCUCCUCGCCGGCGGCAAGCGCGUGCGUCCGAUCCUCUGCAUUGCCUCCUGCGAGCUCGUCGGAGGCGAAGAAUGUACGGCCAUGCCGGCGGCAUGUGCGGUGGAGAUGAUACAUACUAUGUCCUUGAUUCACGACGAUCUCCCCUGUAUGGACAACGAUGAUCUUCGGCGGGGGAAGCCCACCAAUCACAAAGUCUUCGGCGAGGGCGUGGCGGUCCUCGCCGGCGACGCUCUUCUGGCCUUCGCAUUCGAGCACAUCGCCACGGCGACGGUUGGGGUGCCGCCGGCAAAGAUCGUCCGUGUCGUCGAAGAAUUAGCGAAGGUGAUUGGGACGGAGGGGUUGGUUGCAGGGCAGGUUGUAGAUAUUGGUUUAGCCGGGUUGUCCGACGUGAAUUUGGAGCAGCUUGAAUUCAUUCACAUCCACAAGACUGCUGCUUUGCUUGAAGGAUCAGUGGUUAUGGGAGCAAUAUUGGGUGGUGGAUCUGAUGAGCAAGUUGAGAGGCUGAGGAAGUUUGCGAGGUCUAUUGGAUUGCUGUUUCAGGUAGUGGAUGAUAUCCUUGAUGUCACCAAAUCAUCCACUGAGUUGGGGAAGACGGCCGGCAAGGAUUUGGUAGCUGAUAAGGUUACAUAUCCGAAACUUCUGGGAUUGGAGAAAUCACGAGAGUUUGCUGAGAAGCUGAACAAGGAGGCUAAGGAACUCCUCUCUGAAUUCGAUCCAAAGAAAGCGGCUCCAUUGAUUGCUUUGGCGAACUAUAUUGCUUACAGAGAGAAUUAAUUUGUUACCUGGUGAAAAUAGACGAUUUUAUGUUAGGAGAAACAAAAAGAAUAAAAGGACUAUUUCGAUCCA